AUGGUCCGCCUUCUCACCAUCGUUACCGUGCUCUUCGCUAGUGUAAGCAGCGUUGCUGCUUCGUACUGCCAGUGCCUUUACACAGACGGCAGCCACUGCUGCGUUAUUGACAACAUAGUCAAUGACUGCACGAGGAUGUGCAACAAGGCAUCCAAGGACUCUACCACUGCCAACCAAUGCAACGCCGGCGGGAAAUUCUCCAAUGUCAGCUCGUGGAACGCCAAUUUCCGCAAGAAGUGUGGACAACCCUACAUCUACUAG